CUAUGUAAAAACGUUGAAAAGCUAAUGGUAAAUAGCUUUAUUUCAUAUAAACCAUGCUUCACCAUAAAAGGAAAAUUAAAGUGCAGAAGUUACAGGGUGAUUUGUUAGAAGGCAGAUAACAAAAAGGAGUAAACAGGUGUACUAAAGGGCACCUCAGCCGGCAAUGCAGUUAUAAGAGAACUUCUUAAGGUGGCCAACCAACAAAACAACGCGGUCAGUGCACAGGUGACAACCUGUGACAGUCUACCGGGCGCGUCAACCACCGCUGGAGAAGCCCACCUCCGCAGCCCCGCCUUGCCGCCGCGCGGCCCUGGCCUGCGGGCCCUGAGGCUCGUUCCCCAACAAUCCGGACCCGCCCACCCCACUACGGCCAAUCGGAGUCUCCCAAUGGUCAAGGGGCCAGGCAACGGCCGCAGCCCCGGCUCGGCCUGACCAAUGAGGAGGCGGCCAGAGCCUUGGGGGUGUGCCCCGCCUGUGCUCGGCCAAGACCCGGCCGGGAGAGGGGAGGGGCGGCCCAAGGAGGCCGCUAGGACCAUGGGGUGCCAGGCGGGCCGCCCGACGGCUCAAAAUAGUCUCCCGGGCUGGGUGCCCGGGCGCCGGUCAUGGACCCAGCACAAGCCGAACGCCGCGGAGCUGCCGAGGCCUCCCCGCCGCCGUUCGUGCGCGUCGCACCCUCGCUCUUCCUCGGGAGCGCGCGCGCCGCGGCCGCGCAAGCGAUGCUGGAGCGCGCGGGCGUCACCCUGUGCGUCAAUGUCUCGCGCCAGCAGCCCGGCCCGCGCGCGCCCGGCGUGGCCGAGCUGCGCGUGCCCGUAUUCGACGACCCGGCAGAGGACCUGCUGGCGCACUUGGAGCCCGCCUGCGCCGCCAUGGAAGCCGCGAUGCGCGCAGGCGGCGCCUGUCUCGUCUUCUGCAAGAACGGCCGCAGCCGCUCGGCGGCCGUCUGCACCGCCUACCUCAUGCGUCACCGCGGCCUGAGCCUGGAUCGGGCCUUCCAGGCGGUGAAGAGCGCCCGCCCAGUGGCCGAGCCCAACCCGGGCUUCUGGGCCCAGCUCCAGAAGUACGAGGAGGCCCUGAAGUCCCAGUCCCUCCUGCCGGGAGAGCCCGCGGGCCCGAGUGAGCCCUAGUCGGUCAGCCUUGGGGAAGGCCCAGCCCCAAAGCACCGCGCUCGGAGUUUGAUGCGGCCUCCGGUGGGGAAGAGGUAAUUCGUGCACCGACGGGAGGGUGGUCUUUGCCUCUCCUGCUUCACGUCCCACGGAAUUUUCAUUUUCUGCAACUUCCUGACGGUCUCUGGCCCCUCUUGACCGUAGUGCAGGAGUGUGUCCCCUGGGAGAGAACUGGGGACCCCUCCUCCCCAGAUCACAGGUUUAUUAGACAGGGCUCGGUCUGGAACAUCAAAACCACUUCAAUACGCUGCAGGUGCGGCCGACAAAGAGAAAAAAAAACAAACAAAAAAUCUUCAGGAAUUUUAGCCAGAAAGAUAUCUACUACAGAGAGAUGGAGGCCGGGUAGCCAAGGUCAGGAGUCUCGCAGCCUCUGCACCCUGACCGGGGCUGCCUUCCACUCGGAUGCCGGGGACUCCGGGAGGACACCUGGGGCUGCCACCUGCUCAAGCCACAGUGGCUUUCCCCAGUCCCACACUGGCCCUAUCACAGAACCAACAUGGGAUCCAGCAGGGGAGGGCCCUCCGUUUCCAUAUUUGUAGCUGCUGCAACACACAGGUGAGGGUGGGCACUCUUGCGGCUCUCCGUGUCCGUACCCGCAUCCUACCUGCCCGGCCUCCCAGUUUGAGCAGCAGCAUCAAGGCCUGGCCUGACACCCUGCAGCCACGGCCAUGCCCACAGGGCACUGACCACCCACACGUCUGAGCGUGUCGACUCCCCCUUUGGAUCAGGGGCCCCUCACCUGGACGUCCUAUGGCCAAAGACGAUACUAGGAACUUCACCAUCAGCACCUCCCAAGUAAGAUGGGGGGCAAAGAGCGGAAGAAACACUGGGUGACACAUGCGCCACAGGUACUCUCGCCCUGGCCAGUACGUGCAGAGGUGCACAUCACAACGUAGCGACUAAAGUGCUGCAGUUGGUAUUACCGUCUCCACCCUCUCUCAGCCAGGGCCUCGGGUCCGGGUCCUUGCAAGAGCCUACAUUAGCUAGACUGCCCCGUGCCGUCCCUGUCAACCCAGCAGUGUUGGGAGGCAUCCUGAAUUCCAGAAUAUUCCUCCUGGCCCCACUGAGCAGCAGCAAAGCCCCGCUGCCCUGUGAAAGUCAGGAUCAGUCACCUCCCCCUCCCCCGCCCCAGCAGAGCAACCCCUGAUCCCUCGGUGGCUUGCGGAGCCCCAGAUGGCUACGUGGUGGCUCAUGUCAUUUCGUCACCAACAAUAAAUGCCAUUGUCUCCA